UUACUUAGAUACAGGUGGGAAAAAAGAAAGUAGGGCUUGUUUGAGGGUGUUCAGUUGGACCGCAGGUGGACACAGAUUUUAUUGGAGAUGAGUUUUGAGUGGCCCUGGCAGUACAAUUUCCCCCCGUUUUUCACACUCCAGCCGAAUGUUGACACGAGACAGAAGCAGCUGGCGGCCUGGUGCUCACUGGCGCUGUCCUACUGCCGCCACCGCAAGCUCUACACUGUGGACGUCCUGGAGGUGCAGGAGAGCCCCAUGUUCAACAACAAGAAGAUCGAAAGAAAACUUUCCGUCGAGGCCGUACAAGUCGUCUUUGAGGAACUGAGGAAAAAAGGGAAUCUGGAAUGGAUGGACAAGAACAAAACACGCUGUUUAAUCAUGUGGAGACGACCUGAGGAAUGGGGCAAACUGAUUUAUCAGUGGGUGUCUAAGAAUGGCAUGGUCAACUCAGUGUUUACACUUUACGAGCUUUCUAAUGGCGAUGACACUGAAAAUGAAGAGUUCCAUGGGCUGGAGGAUUGGAUGCUGCUGCGUGCGCUACAGGCCCUGCAGGCUGAUGGCAAAGCGGAGGUCAUCACAAUGGAUGGCGGAAAAGGAGUCAAAUUCUUCUGAUUACGAAUUAAAACACAAACACACUUUUUUUUUCUCGGACAGUGUUGCCCAGGCUGAUCUUUUUUUUUUUUUUAGAUCCAUCGGGCUGAGAUAUUUGGUGGAUUUCCUAACACAGAUUAAGUAAGGAAAAAAGGUUCAGUCUUAAGCUGUGGCUGGAAAACUAGCCCAAAGCAUCAUAUAGCACACCAUUUACAGUGGUUCCUCGGCAUAUGAUUUUAAUCCGAUCUAGAGGUGGGUUCUUAAGGUGAAAUUUCGUAUUGUGAAGUGUAUUUUCCUACACAAAAUAAUCCGUUCCAGCAAUCCAAAAAUAUUACCAAUUCCCAACACGUAUAAUUAUAUUUUUGGCACAUAAAACUAAUCAGAAUGUUUAGAAAAGACAUGUAAAUUAAGAACAAUAUGAAAAACAAUAGACAUUAAACCUUACUUUACCAUAAUUUGUGAUUCCCCUCGGCACCGGCUGUUUUAUUCUUACUACUGUCAUUGAUGACAUGCUUGUUCUUGUGCUGUGUCUUCAUUAAAUCUUGCACAAAAUGCAAAAAAGAAAAAAAAAGAUCCACAAAAAAUACGAAAACUCGCAUCACUUGGCUUUCCACCGACCCUGAAGUUUUGAUCGACUACUGGAAGUACACGCAACUGAAUGUACGUGUGACCAGCCCUGUCUGUCGAUCGUAUACCCGAAAAUGCUGCAUAUCGCGAGGCAAAUUUCUAGCCAAGUUUUACUUCCUAAGGCAAAAUUUCAUAAGGCGUGUUGUUCGUAUGCCAAGGUACCACUAUACUUAAUUGUUGCAUUAAAAGUCAUUAUUGUGUGGAUACAGCUCCGGUUAAUAAUGUUAAGAAUUUCCUCAUUGGAACUAUUCUCUUAAUUGGUGAUUUUUCACCUGACAAACGUUCAGGCCUGUCCCGUAGGUUUGACGUAGGAGUUCACUUGCAACUUUAGUUAAUCGCUAUGGCAUAUCAGGAGAAAAAAAUGUUUAGUGCUGUUAAUUCUGUCCGACUCUCAUUCUACUUGAAUAUCUCCUGCGUGUGCUACCACCAAACCUAAAAUACUUACUAGGAGACACGUGAUGCUUCCUUUCCAAGACACAUGAAGAUAGAAAACCAGUAGUUUUUAUGCCGAGUCUGGCUGUUUGGUUGCUGAAAUUUUCCCGUAGCACUAUUCUUCUCGUCUUCUAUGUCUGUCUAAAACCACUUUUAUAUCAUGAUAAUACUGUACAAAUAAAUACAAGGGGUUUUCUUUUCUCUUG